UGUUUAUUUUGAUUUGAAGAUAAAGUUCCAUUCUAAUGCGCCUGCUUACAUUCAAAUAGGCGAUCUAAGUCGCAGUUACAUUACAUUGGAAUCACUUGAGCUAGGAGCCCAGUUGACUGUGAGCAGCUUCUAUCCUCAGCAAAAUGGAUAACCUCAGUGUGAAAAUGGCCACCCUGACAGUGAAGCAGCUUCCGGCUAAGGAUGAGUAUCCCGACCUCAGCCAGCACCACAACCACAUGGCGAAGGUGCUGACGCCGGAGAUGUACAAAGCUCUACGCGAGCGCUCCACGCCCAGCGGCGUCACCAUAGAUCAGGUCAUCCAGACUGGCGUGGACAACCCUGGUCACCCGUUCAUCAUGACGGUGGGCUGUGUGGCGGGAGACGAGGAGACCUACGAGGUGUUCAAGGAGCUGCUGGAUCCGGUCAUCGAGGACCGCCACGGCGGCUACAAGCCCACCGACAAACACAAGACCGACCUCAACCCAGCCAACCUCAAGGGAGGGGAUGAUUUGGACCCAAACUACGUGCUGAGCUCUCGCGUCAGGACUGGCCGCAGCAUCCGAGGAUUCUGCCUCCCUCCUCACUGCAGCCGCGGGGAACGCAGGGCCGUCGAGACGCUCUCUGUCGAGGCUCUGGCUGCCCUUGAGGGCGAUCUGAAGGGCAAGUACUACGCUCUGAAGAACAUGACUGACGCAGAGCAGCAGCAGCUCAUCGAUGACCACUUCCUGUUUGACAAGCCCGUGUCCCCACUGCUCCUGGCCGCAGGAAUGGCCCGCGACUGGCCCGACGGCAGGGGCAUCUGGCACAAUGACAACAAGACCUUCCUGGUGUGGGUGAAUGAGGAGGACCACCUGCGCGUCAUCUCCAUGCAGAAGGGAGGAAACAUGAAGGAAGUAUUCAACCGCUUCUGCACCGGCCUCACCAAGAUCGAGUCUCUGUUCAAGAACAAGAACCACCCGUUCAUGUGGAACGAGCACCUGGGCUACGUGCUGACCUGCCCGUCCAACCUGGGCACUGGCCUGCGCGCCGGUGUCCACGUCAAGCUGCCACACCUCAGCAAGAACGCCAAGUUUGAGGACAUCCUCAAGAAGCUGCGGCUGCAGAAGCGCGGAACAGGUGGCGUGGACACGGCGGCGGUGGGCGGCACUUUUGACAUCUCCAACGCGGACCGGCUGGGCUUCUCCGAGGUGGAGCUGGUGCAGAUGGUGGUGGAUGGGGUCAAGCUGCUGGUGGACAUGGAGAAGAGGCUGGAGAAGGGAGGCUCCAUCGACGACCUCAUGCCCGCGCAGAAGUGAACACACACACACACACACACACACACACACACACAUAUACACAAGGCUCAUUAAGCUGUUGGUACUGUAGUUUCUGAAGGAAUGAAGUUGGAUUUGAACAUGUGAGAAUAAAGUAUUGGCCCACCUA